GAGAGAGCGCACACACACACACUCGCACUCACAGAGCCAGAGCAGAGCAGAGGAGCUCUCAUCCAGAUCGGUGCCAGACGCACGGUCGACUUUUUGUUUUUGCGCGAGUUUUACUACGUUGUUGUUUAGUUUUUAAAAUUAACAUUCACCUUGGCGUCAAGUUUGAAGGGUUUUUUAAAAGUUUGUCGCUGAUUUUUACGCCUGUUUGGAAUAUCUAGUGGCGUUAAAGGUGGAUCAACGGUACUUCACGGCGCGCAGAAAUCAUCUUGAAAAAGUUCGUCCAGGAUUGUUUCUUUUCGCCGCAGGAGAGCUCAGCAGCACGGAGCGCUUCAAGAGAAAAAACUUGUCAGUGCGACUUCGUCUGGUGUGUUUUUUUUAAUUGAGCCGUCCCAGAAAUGGUGGGGCACCUACAUUUACAAGCGAUGGAUGAUAGCCUAAAAGGAAAGAACCGGGAAGGGCUGCUCGACAGUCCGGAUUCGGGUUUGCCCCCCAGUCCCAGCCCGCCCUUCUGCUCACUUUCUCCGGGUCUAAUCGAGUCGCGCUCAGGCAGCUGCACGACGCCCGUCGAAAGCCAUCAUGGAUAUUAUAAAAAGGAAAGCAGAGAAGGCAAACUGCUGCCCUACCUGCUGCUGAACUCCACAGGGACAGACCCAAAGACUCGCAUGCACCCUGUGUUCUUUGGAGAAAGCAUCGAGGUGAACCCCAAACCAGAGAAGGAAAUCAAGUGCAACUCUGAGGUCAAGUAUGACUCCGACAAGCAUUACCGCAACGGGGUGUACUGCGCCCCCGUUCCCACAGCCACCUCUUUCAGUGAGACAGUGGUGGCGGUGCGGAACUGUACUUGGAGAAGCUACAAGUCCCAGGUGUACCUGGAGCCACGGCAGAAGCCCAUCAGCUACCAGAGCACCACCAUCAUCUACCCGAAACACGCCAAGAACACUUACCGCACCACGCUCAACUACAACGCCACAGGCUCCCGCCGCUGGUUUGUCUCCACUGUGCAGCUGGAGUCGAGUGAGGAUACUAGUCCCUGUAUCAUCUACACAGAGGACCUGUAGGCUCAGUCUGGUCCAGCCUGCAUAGCGAGAGGGCUACUUGGUGGUCAUCGUAUUUUUUAAAAUUUUAUUUUAUUUUUUGGAGGAGGAGGAACUUGGGAAAGCCCAUAUUGAAAGGGAAAUACUUCAACUGAUACCUGGAGCCCCUAAAACCCUGCUCUGUUCAUCUUUAUUUGCCAUGGAUGAAACUCUGGGAACCCUUUAGUGACAUUUUCCCCUGAGUGUAUUUAGACUUUCUACUGAUGCAGCCUUUAAAAAUGGGAGGUGGUCUUCUGGCAGUUUAGAGCUGCACGUCAAUGGUUAAUGUCUUAUUUAAAACAAGAGCUGACAAAUUGGUGGCCUUUGCUCUCCUUCAGGUUGGAUUUUGACCUCAGUGAAGGUAACGAUUAGAUCGUAGAUGUGCAUGUAGAGAAUGGUCGAGAUGACACCUGUGGUGGAUUUCAGUCGAGCCUGCGCAAACCCAGUCACACCAAUGCAAAGCUUUCUAAUAUGGCUUUAUUGCACUUAUUUUCUAUGUAUCACAGUCCUGUUUGUGGACCUGGUAUUGCGGGGGUGGGGGUGGGGGGGGGUAUUUCAGUACUGCAUAUGGAAAAUUGGACCAAAGAUAGUUUGAACACUUUGUCUUUGUUGUAACUCCACAUGGCGACAGAACAUUUGCUUUUUGUUUUACAGUUUUGUCUAGUUUGAUCAAGCAUGUAACUAACCUGCACAGUGCAGGGUGUCUUGUUUAUUCAGCACAAUAACAACUUAUUGUCUUGAGAAUACUCUGGUUAAGUUAAUGUAAGAGUUAGGAGUGUUUUGUUAAACAGGUUCCUGGUCUCUAGGAGGUGGACAAUCAAUGAAGUUUUGGGGGGAAAAAACAUCCAGUUAUUAUUUAUUAAGAGUUUAACACUUAGUAACUCAGUUAAUCUGCAUCAUCAGGACUGUGCGUAGGACCACAUCAUGUAGAGUUGCUGAUAGAUAGUUAAAUGAUUGAGGAUAUGUAAUGUACAUGCUUUCAGGGCUUUUAAAAAUGGUGGCAAUCAUUUUAUGGUUUGCUUUUAUUUUCAAUCAGCAUAAAAUAGUUUGUUUUAAACCUUCUUCGGACACAGGAAAUUUCACAGUCAGGAGGAAGUAUAUACAACUUGUAACACUUGUCUGUCACAACUCUUGGUACUGAACAAACUGCAACUAUUCACGCAGUGGCACAUCUGCUCGUCUACUUCUCCAAGAGAGUCAAAAAUAAACACUAAAACAAGAGUUAUUUCCAGCUGCAACUGUCUGAAUGGUUUAGUGCUACAAGCAGUCGACAAAAUAAGGCCGACACAGUUCUGGAUUGGGUGGCACCAGCUAUUCAUAAAUCCAUCUCUAAGUUUGUGCAUGAAGUAACUGGUCGUUAGUUUCAUACUGUUGAUUUGACUAAAUCAUGUUGCAUUAUUAAAACUUAAGGACUGUCUUAAAUAGUAAAGACUUAAUUUGUAAAUCAUUUGAAACAUAUGAAACUAAUAAAAAAUAAAUUUAAAAAAUCAAUCAUGAACACAUGAAGGUGGCAAAUUAUAAACUAAACUGUCCUACUAGCCUAAUAUUGUGUAAAUGUAGAUAAAACUUAUCCACAGAAAAAUAUGUGUCUGACAUCAUUAGCAUAAUGUUUGGCAAUUUGAAGCAUGUUGUUACUUUAGUGACAUUUAAAAUUAAACAUUAAAAAUCUUCCAGUGUGUCAGGUUAGAUGUUUCAACCAUGUUACAUAUUACUUCACUCGACACGGGUCAUAUAUUAGAAAGUUAACGUUAGCUAUGUCAGUUGGUUCAGUCAGCUACGUAACAGUUACACCUGUCACCUGUCAGUAUUAUCGGUCGAUAUGAGCUAAUUGGUACCAGUGUUUAUAAUAGCUGAUAAAUGACGGAGAUUAGUGUAGCCGUUGUAACUCUCCUGUUGGCAACACGUGUAUUUGGAACGCCACAAAUCCACCACGAAAACACAGCAAUCAGCGGUAAUUAUAUGCAAAGCACUAUUUAUAACAAUAAAAAAGUUUAUUUUUAAACAGCAUUAUGUCAUGUUAUCUUGGUGAGGUCUCAUAACUACACAUAACAAAUGUUAAGGAAAAUCUUUGUUUAUAUAUAUAUAUAUAUAUAUAAGGGCUUGGACUUACGAAUAGCUGAUGCAUGUUGUUUUGAGAUCAACAAAUUGUCAUAUUGGUCAGUUUCUGAGCUCAAGUAGCUCAACAGCAUGAAACUCCUCUGUAAUUACCGACAUGUGGAGCAGUGAAACCACAUCAGAUUUCCAUGUUGAAGAUGUAAAAUAGAUUUUUAUUGAACAUUUUCAUGACUUCUUUUUGUGUCUGUCAAAUAUAUAUAUAUAUAUAUAUUAUUGAACAUGGCAAAUAUUGAAACGUAAGACUUGACCUCAAAUUUUCUUAGGUAUCAGUUUUACUUCAUUGGAAAUGUGUAUUCCUGAAUUUUAGUUGUGGUCUUGAGCUUGCGGUCUUGUUAUUUUUAUAGUCUGAAACACCAUCCAGGUUAAGUGUAAGGGUGGGAGAGACGCGGAGGGCUCAAAGCUGAAGUGGUGCAUCAGUACUGUAAGAUGGGUACUGGGUUUUAAUGAGGGAACAGUAAGUAGCAAUAAAAAGAGCAAAACAAGGGGAGGAAAAUCAGAUCUGCUCUUUCACAAGAAAAACAUAUAUAUGAGGAAAUUGUUCUGAAAAUAGCAAGAUGAUAGAGAGUUUUGCGAUGUGUUGAUGGUCUGUGAAAUGUCAGAGAAUGAUGGUGGGUGUCAAGUUUAAUAUGUUGGUGGUUUUAUGUGAAAUACUUUUUACGUUUCCUAACACUUGAUUUUGUUACUGUAAAAUAUUUUCCUGUUGUAUAUGUGGCAUCGAGGCACUUCAUAAUUCUCUUUAUAUUUUUGUACGUCAAUCGUUGUUCCUGUUGUGAUCAAAGAAAAAUAAUUUAAAAAGAUGUAUAUCCCAAUUGAAUAAAAAAAAAAAAAAGAGCCAAUUCCCGGAACUACAGUGCAUCUGUUGCUUAAUGUUGGUCACAGGAUAUCGUAUACGCCUGUUUAGCACAGGUUUGAAUUUUGUCCCUCUGAAAGAAAGAGGGAGUUCUGCGGGCACAAGGAGGACUGGUAGCACAUUUUGGCUCAGUUCCUGUAAUCAAAUCCAAGACCUGUGUUAGGUGUGAAAAUCAGUGCAAGGGAAUGCAAAUGAAAACACAGGACUGGAUUUUAACUCUCAGCAGUAAAUUACGGGAUGUAAACUUCUAGAUUUUUCACAGAGAGCAGCACAGAAACUUUAAAAAAUUAAAUAAUGCUACACAACUGAAAUACCUGAGUCACAAGUUCAGUUUAGAUUUAAUCAGGAGAAACCUUUUCAGCAUUAUGUGUCCCGUUCAAAGACAGCAAACAAAAACACUUUUGAAGGCAGCAAAAUAAAAUACUUCCAUGGGUUGGAAGUAGUAUAUUAUGUGCAUAUAAGGACUGUUAUAUGCUGUAAACUGAGAAGGGAAGACUAAUUACAGUCAUACACUCAUUAACUUCAUCUUAACUUGUUGAGCUCCUGGGAGUUAUGCAAGGACGGGAUCAUAACAGACAUGCAGUUUGACCUUCAUAUGAGCUGAGCGUAGUAAACUAGAUCACAGGAGACCAGAUCAGUAACAGCUCAAGCGGCAGCUGAACAGCACAUUUGUAAAACUACUACCAAGAACUUCAUCAUGAGCGGAGUAACUGCUGCGUUAACACGGCUCAGGACUGUAUUUUAUCAUCUUAUUUUGUGUAAUUUAUGCAUAAUUAUUACAUGCAGCAAUUAAGUAACAAGUUGAAGAAUUCUGUGCCAAAUAAGUUCAACAUACAAGUAAAGAAAUAUGCUUAUACCGCCCCCUGGUGGUACUUGACCUCCCUGACUUUGGGCCUGUCAAUUUUCCCUGCAAUUCAAAACAGAUAAAAGAAAGUGUGAGGCAGACGUCCAAUACAAACACACAGCAAUAAAUAACACGACCCCGAGACCAUGAAUGGCAAUAAGCUUUUUAUUUAAACAUUAAGGCAGUGUCUUUUUUGUUUUUCAUUUUUACACUGCUAUCCACAAAGCUUGCUGGUGGGCAUGUAGAAUUUAACCAUGUGAAUAUUUCUUUUUUUUUUUUUUUUUUUCUUUUCUUGUAAUACCAACCUUGAAGCAAGCCACAUAAAUAUUUACAUCUCUUCAGUUUUAUAUACAAUCCUUGCUAUUAUACAGUGGGUUAUAAUAAAAAAAAAAAA